AUCCGUAUGAAAGCAAUGGUGUCUCAAGUGAGCGCAGGCCUCCAGAGCUCUGUAUGGUGUGAGCAGCAGCAGUAAUGUCUCUCUCAUCCGCCCUUGCAUUUGCUUCGCCAAACAUAACAAGGCCAAAUGCAUAUGCAUAUGCACUCACCUCGCAGCAUCCCUGUCUAUCAUCUCCUGACAAAAGGUCGUUUCAAGGGAUAAAAUCAAAUAGAAGUUGGGGAAUGAGGCAAAAAUCGUCAUCAUCAUCAUCAUCAAGGAUUGGAAGCAGUAUACAGGAAGCGUCAGAGAAAGACCCAAAAGCGGGAAUUCCUUUAUACAAACCCAAAUCUUAUGGCGAACUAAUUUCUGAUGCAGCCAAAGCGCUCCUUCAUGCUCUCGACGAUGGCAAAACACGCCUUGAAAUAGAAUUCCCUCCCCUGCCAGCCAGUAUUUCUUCGUAUAAGGGAUCCUCAGAUGAAUUUAUUGAUGCUAACAUCCAGCUUGUAUUAGCCUUGGUUAGAAAGUUGAAUGAAGCAAGAGGAAUUGCAUCUUGCAUAGUGUUUCCUGAUAAGCCAGAAAAACGCCGGGCUUCUCGAGGGUUUCAGACAGCCCUUGAACUUAUUAAUGGAGUAAGUCUUGGAAGCUUGGAUGAUGUUCAAGGUGGAGCAAUGAAUAAUUUAUUUAGCUCCAUAAGGAAUGCAUUAGAUUUUGAUUUUGAGGAGGGCAAUGAAGGUAAAUGGGAAUCAACUGAGGCACCAUCCUUGUUUAUUUUUAUAAAUUGUAGCACUCGCGAGUUGUCUGAAGUUGAAAAAAUUGUCUACUACAUGCAGGAAACAUUUGCAGCAGCCACCCCAGCUCUUCUUUUUAACUUGGAGCUUGAUACAUUAAGGUCUGACUUGGGUCUUUUUGGAUUUCCUACAAAGGAUGUUCAUUACCGAUUUCUUUCCCAGUUUUUACCUGUUUACUAUAUUCGAACUCGAGACUAUUCGAAGACUGUAGCAGUUGCCCCAUUUAUUUUAAAUUAUAGUGGAGCUCUUUUCCGUCAGUAUCCAGGUCCUUGGCAGGUUAUGCUAAAACAAAAUGAUGGUUCUUAUGCAUGUGUAGCUGAAAGCUUCAAAAGAUUUACCUUGGGACAAACUAAAGAAGAGCUCUUAAGAGUCCUUGGACUACAAGAAGAAGAAGGAAGCUCUCUAGAAUUUCUAAGAAGAGGUUAUAAGACAUCUACUUGGUGGGAGGAGGAUGUUGAUUUAGAGUAUUCUGCAGCUUGGAGGAGCUAAAAUUGUAUAUUUUCUUUAUUGAGUUUAGUUAAUGAUUAUUGUUAUUUAAUUUUGCUAAGAUACAUGUUUCGAAACAAAUGAUGAAUUUUGUGUAUGAUUAUUGCAAUAGUCCACCAAGGUUUGUUUUGCUUGGUCUUAUUCCUUUUUCUCUUUUGGGGGCUAUGAUGUAAAUCUUGGGUUCUAAGAAUUAUACGUUUAUGGACAAGUUGAGUGGUGAUAAUAAAAGGUGAUAUAUCUAUCUAUAUGUAUA